AUGAAUUAACUCAAUUUGGAUAAAUUACUUUAUCCAAUAAUGAUGACAAUACGUAGUCUCAGAACCUAUUUCAAACAAGAUGAGGAUAAUAAUCGCAUAAUCCUAGAUUGCCAAAAUAAGGUCGAAGGAUUUGCGCUUUCUAUUAUGAAUUUCCUACUUGAUUUAAUAGUUAACGGAUCAGAUCAUACAUCCAUAUCUUUCAAUAAAAGUGCUCCAUCACUCUAACAAGAAUUAAGAAACAAGCUUGAUUGUAUUCAAGACUUUGUAUAAAGCAAAGACGCUGCAAAUUUAAAAAAGAAUAUUUUGAAAUGUUAUGAAAUGAAAGAAGGCUUUAGUGAAUCAGAGAGUGAGGAUGACGGAGUUAGUCUUCAAAUCAAAUUGACGGGUAAGAUGAAGGAGUUUAACCCUGAAAUACAGUAGCUUCGUCUUGAAUUGGACCAGAAGGAGGAAACCAUCCAAGCAUUGAAAUAGAAACUGAAGUAUCGUUAGAACAGCAUGGAAAUGAUGGCACACAAUCAUCAUAAGGAAGUUUCCGUUCUCAAAGCACAAUUCGUAUUAAAUCCGCAACCAGAGGAUCCAUCAUCUAUAUUUGAUAUUAAGUAUUUUGAUUAAACUUAAAUGCUUGAUCCAGAGAUAGUGGUUCUUAUGAAUGAAAAGAUUAAUGACAUUAAAAAUCAAUAUGAGCGUUAUGUGAAAUAAUUUAUGGAUAAAUUUCAAAAACAGCGAGUACAACAUAACAAUGAAGAAAACACAAAGAAACCAUCUUUUGAUGGUUUUACACCAAAGGAAUUAUUGAAGAUUGCUCUUGAUAAAGAGUCUGAUCCUUAUAUUUUCUUUAAGCACAUCCAAGAUAUUAAAUCUAUUAAUUAUUUUUUAAAUGUUUUGGUUAACUAAUAAAAACAUUAUGGAAUUGACUAUGAUCAAAUCAACAAUGCCUUUAAAACCAAAAACGAAGAUUUAAAGAAGUUAGUUGAUACUCGAAUCAUAAUGCAAGAUUGCCAGGCUUAAAUAAGUGCUAUGUAUCUUGUUGAUUUAGAGAAAAAGAAAGAAGAAAUACUAGAUUUAAAUUAGUUAAUUACCUAAUAAGAUAUAGAAUAUAAGCAGCAAUUAAAAUUAUUUGAGGACUUAAUUUAAAAUAACAACGAAAACUCUAAAUAAAUGAUUCUAAAUUAAUAAUAAAAGAUUGAAAAUAUGAGAUCUGAAAAUCACAAUCUUUCAACAAUGCUAUUGAAUUAAAAAUAGCAUUGUUAAUAACUGAAAUAACAAAAUUAAUUUUUGAUGAACAACCUAAAACACGUAUUGAAUGUUCUACUAAAGAAAUAAAACUAAAGUAUUCAUGGAUUAGAUAAAUAAGAUCUACUAAAAGAUAAAUCAACUCCAAUUAAGGAUAUUCUUCAGAAGUUAAACAAUUUAGAAGGAUACGAUCUUAUUACUUUAAUCCAAGAAGUUACAUUGCUUUUAUAUGAGAUUGAAUCUGUUAAAGUAGUGAAUUAAAUUUUAGGGAGAGGAAGAGUGAAUAAAUAAACUUAAACUAUCUAAGCCAAAGAUGAGUUUCCUGAACAAAAAGAAGAGAAGAAAUCUAGAGAGAAAAAAGAGUAAAAAGUAAUUAUGAAGCAUUUAGAAGAAAUAAAAUAGGAGACUAUUAAAAAAAAUAAACAAAAGAUUGCUUCUACUCAAACUGAUGGUUUUAAUGAAUUUAAUAAUACUUAAUAUAAUGAAAAUAAUUAAGAGUAAAAACUUACUAUCGUAUCAUAAAGUGAAAAGUGUGGAACUGUUUCAUUGAAUAUGUUAUUGAAGUAGUUUCAAUCAUCGAUCGAAUAAAAACCAAAUAGCAUUAGAGAUUUAACUCCUGAGCCUUCGAUUGAAAAGCAGAGCUCAAUUUUUAAUAAGUUAUAUACUUAAUAGAAGUACGAAAAUCCACGAUGGCAUCAAUUGAGGCCUUUAAUUGAAAAACUCACAGAUGAAGAAUUCCUUGAGGUUGUCAACACUUUAGGGAUAUAUUCGUUUAGACAACAACAGUAAACCUAGAAUAAUACCAUGGACUUACCACUAUAUGAUAUAAGCAGAGUGUAAUAAUCAAUGAGUUAUAACAGUACUAAUAAAAGAAGAAGAGACUCAAGUGUUGAUUAAACUAGAAACGUGUUUAAUGAAUUGGAUGAACAAAGAGAAUAUGCAUUGAAAUUGUUCGAAUAAAAAAGGAUUGAUAAUUAUCGAAGAAGGAUAAAAAGAUUGGUUCCUGUUUAACCUAGUUAGUGUCUACAGGUUGAAGAAAAGUUAAGACCAAAAAGUUAAAUUAGAAGUAGUUAGCAAAAGCAUGGUUACUGA